CAAGACUCGAAACGACUCUCCAACCACAACAUAACGCGCACGGGUCGUUUUGAAACGGAACGCAAAACGUUAGUGCCAAAAAUGGAGGCAGGACUUUUAUUCGUGCGGAUACUUGGAAUCACACUCAUUUGCAUUUCGCUUGUGUCAGAGGCUGUGUCCGAGGAACGAACGGUGAGAUAUAAAAUAUACGAGGAGGUCCGUCCGCCGACGGUUAUUGGAAUUCUUGCCAGCAAUGUCACCUGGAUAUCCGACAAAACGCCGAGAACGUUCCCGGGCAUCAGGUUUAAGAUGAUGAGUCCAUCCACCGGCUCCUUUAUCCGAUUUAGAGAAAGUGACGGGAGACUUACUGUCGAAGAACGCAUCGACCGCGAGCGAAUCUGCAAGCGCAACCCGCGGUGCCUAAUCGCUUUUGAUGUCGCGUUCGUGGCCGCCGAGCAUUUCGAGCUUUUCCACGUCGAAGUGGAAGUGCUGGACGUGAACGACCACUCGCCGGAGUUUCCGCGCACCGAGUGCACCAUCGAGAUCUCCGAGAGCGCGUCGCUUGGGACGCGCGUCGCUCUGGACGCCGCUGAGGACGCGGACGUGGGUUUAAACUCUAUCCAAACGUACCACAUCACUGAAAACAUUCACUUUGGCAUUGAUGUGGUAACACGAGUGGAUGGGGUUAAAUAUGCGGAGCUGGUGCUCAUUAAAGAGCUGGACCGAGAAACGCGCGCGUUUUACGCACUAAAGCUCGUGGCGACCGACGGAGGACAUCCUCCGAGAAGCGGGGCCACUAAUGUCACCGUGAAAGUAAAGGACGCCAAUGACAACCGUCCUGUUUUUGAGCAAACCCACUACUCUGUCGAAUUACCAGAGGACACCCCUGUUGAAUCCUUGGUGUUGGAUUUAAACGCCAUUGACCCCGAUGAGGGACUCAGUGGACAGGUUGUGUACGAAUUGGGCAAACAGGUGACCACAAAAAUGCGACAGCUAUUCAGACUGGAUUACAACACAGGACGUUUGAUUUUACAGAGCCAUGUUGAUUAUGAGGACGAGACUACAUAUGAAAUCGAUGCGCAGGCGACAGAUUUAGGGCAAAACCCGGUCCCCUCAGUGUGCAAAAUCAUCAUAAAUAUUAUAGACGUGAAUGACAACCCCCCUGAAAUAAUCAUCACACCUAUAACAUCGGUAAUAGAUGGCGUUGCGCACGUCAGUGAAGCUACAAGUCCAGACAUCCUGGUCGCGUUAAUCAGCAUCAAGGACAAGGACACUGGUGCAAACGGGCAGGUGAGCUGCACUCUGAACGGUGGGCACGGCAACUUUAGACUCAAAAGGGCGUAUGAAGGCAGUUACACAAUAGUCACAAUGGCACCCCUCGACAGAGAAAAGACCCCGGAGUAUAAUCUCACUGUGGUGGCUGAGGAUUUCGGUGCGCCACCGUUACGCACGCUAACACAUUUUAUGAUACGGCUCACAGACGUCAACGACAAUGCCCCGGUGUUCAGCGCAAAGAUAUAUGAGGGGUUCAUAGGGGAAAACCAAUUACCGGGAACCUACAUUACAACUGUGUUAGCCAGCGAUCAGGAUUCCGGGCUGAAUGGAGAGAUAACAUAUGAGCUUUUCGACACGGACACAAAUAGCGUCUCCAAAUUUGCCAUUAUGAAUCAAGCGGGUAACGUUUACGCGCUCCAAAGUUUCAAUUACGAGGUCACCAAGAGGCUCAGUUUGCGCGUCCAGGCCACUGAUAGAGGAUGGCCACAGCUUCAUAACAAUGCCAUUCUCAUAAUCAAUAUAGUUGAUCAGAAUGACAACGCCCCCCGUAUAACUCAGCCACCCUUGAACAAUGGUUCUGGCGACAUCCAGCUGCCCAGAGACGCGCCACCCGGUUAUAUCGUCACCCGAAUCACGGCACAAGAUUCGGACGCCGGAUUGAACGCUGAACUCACGUACAAGCUUUACGACGGAGCUGAUCUCGGCUUUGCGAUCGAUCCGAAUACGGGAGAGAUCUAUAUCAACAGCAAAAUUGAUUACGAAGCGUAUGAUGUAUGGAAAGUAUUACUGACGGUCAAUGACAACGGGCACCCGUCACUCACUUCAACAGCCACGAUCCACUUCACAAUAACCGAGUCUGCGCCUUCAAACGGCAAUUUCUAUGAUGAAAGAGAGGAGGACGAACCUAAGCGAUGGACUCUGAUUUUAAUCUCGGCUCUGACUAGUUCUUCGGCGCUUUUCUUGGCUAUUUUAUCCUACAUAUUAUGCAGAAGUCGCAGAAAGAGACGCGCCGAGGAGCUCCGUGACGCAGCGGAUAUUCCUUACGCUAAAGAGAACAACGCUCUCUCAAUGAUCUCCAACCAGACUGCCAAUGUGUUCGAUGCACACAACUUGCACUCCACGACUGUCAUUAACACUCCUGAGAAACUACACAACAGUGUGCAGGCGACGGCUGAAGUCUUCACUGAAACACCACAAACCUUCAAGAACAAAUACAGGAAUGUGGCGGGAGAAAUAGAUGGAUAUUCCACUCUGCCUGGGUAUGGCAAAGAGAACGCUCGACCAAUCACAAUAUGGAAAGGCAACUCCAUUAUGACCAUAGCGGUGAGAGACCCACAGAUAAGCGGCAAGGACAGUGGGAAAGGCGACAGUGAUGUCAACGACAGUGAUUCUGAUAUCAGUGAAGGCAUCAAAAAAGACUACACGUCAUAUAAAGGUCUGUGGGCCUGUACCAGCGAGUGCAGAACCCUCGGCCACUCAGACAGUUGCUGGAGCCCAUCUGUAAGCAGAACCAGUGGGAGCAUUAAUACCAGACAUCUAUCGACUUUCUCAAGGACACGGCCGUCCUCACAGGGCACGCUUCAGAGGAGCAGCUAUGAGACUCACACGGCCUUGCAAAGCCUCACAGAGGAUCAGCAGACUCAAUACGAUUACAUUCACAUCUGCUCGCCACAAUCGCAGCGGAGACAAGACUCUGAAGAUAUCGAUAUCCAAGUGUUCACACAUUCCACACAACCAAUCACAACAAACAGUCCUGGCCGAUUUACAGACGCCUGAUGCCUCAAUGUGAUAUAUGGAGCAUAAUGAUGUUGCUGUACAUACUUGUAUCUUCAGCUGUAUUGUAUCGAGGGUUUUAAUGGUUUUGUACAUGCAAAAUAUAUUUUUAACAGUAUUAUGUUUUUUUCUUAGCAUGUUUUUGAUGAUUAUAAUGUGAUUAUGUUUGUAAUUCACUUUAUCACACUGUAACUACAGUAAAUGUAUAGCGCACAUUAAACGGCACUUUUAUAUCUGAUAACCGCAUUUACUUAGAUUGAACAAGCUGUUCCUUUUUAAGACAUUAA